AUGAUCUGUGUGGAAUGCACCAAUCCAGACAUAGAAUGUCUCUAUUCGGAGUUCAAAAGCAAAUACAUCAAGCUAACAAUCUGUCCUCAAUGUGGUAACUUGGCUGAUAAGUACAUUGAAUUUGAUAAUGUCAUGAUAUUCUUAGAUGUAUUACUUCUCAAGCCUCAAGCGUACAGACAUUUGGCGUAUAAUGUCGUUGAGGAGGCUGUUUUCGGUGACGCCAGAGGAAAGUCCACGGAUUCCAAGAGCUUUCUUGCACGUUACAAGAAACUCAUUCGGUAUUAUAUUCUCACCAUAUUAUUUGAAGUUUACCUUACAUGGGCAUACGAAGAAAAGAGUCAACAUCGAGCUAUAAUCGCUGAUAGGGUGUUACUGGCACCUGUCCAUUGGCAAUAUUUCUAUUUUAUUUGCCAGCAAACAACAGAGCGAGUGACAUUUUGCUACCUAAUCGAUAUGUUCUAUUGGAAGCUCAUGCGCUGGCCGCAGACUACCAACAAUAACAUGCACAGCCGUUUCCAGCGGGGGUAUUUCUCGACUGUACUACUAGUAACCACAAGCAUGUCGUUGGCGGUCAAGUGCCUUCCAAUUAUCAUGCUUAUUUGGCCAUACGACAACAUCAUAAUUGCAUCAGCAGCUGUGGAUGCAUUAGGAGUUUUCAACACCAUCGAAGCAUUGCGAAUUAACACGGGCUCGUCAUAUCUUGCCACUACACUUAUUGUGUUGACAGCCACAGCAUUCCUGAUGUUGACCAAGUACGUGUCCAUGGCACUUUUAGUUGCCUGUUUCUCGCCGGGGAUGACUUUCCUUGAGUUAUUGAACAACAAGCUCGGCACACAGCUACAUGAAACCAAAUCGCUCAUGUCAUUUAUCCAUUACUCGUUGUCCAUAGUAUUGGGAAACUCAUCCGGUUCAUGA